AUGAAUAGACAGAAUUAAAUGGCUAUAAGGGCCUCAUUAAAAAAGGCUCUAUUUAAUGAUAAGAAAAGAAAUGCUAGUUCAAAUUAAGGCAGAUUUAAUUAAUCUCCUUCUAUUCCAAAAAAUUAACCGAGAGCUAUCAAUUAAUAAUUUAGACAUUUUAGUGAUGUUUAUGAAUAUGGGAAUGAAUAAAUAGGUAAAACAAUAACUUAUUGCUAGGUGAAGGAGCCCAUGGGAUUGUAAAGAAAUACUAUAAAAGGGAUCCUAAUAUUAAUAAUGAGGCUUAAGACAGAAUUGCAUAUGCUGUGAAAGUAUUCAGAACUGGUGAUACGGAAGUAAUUAACACAAUUAGAGAAACAUUCCAAUUAAAUCGUGGCCUUAAUGAUUUAAAUUGUGUGGUAAAAGCACUUGAUUUGUUUAUAAAUUCAAAAAAAGAAGAACAUCAUCUUGUUAUGGAGUAUUGUCCAUUUCCUAGUUUAGAAUAAAGAUUAGGAUCAUUCUGUGAAGAAGAUAUUUAAUAAAUCACAUUAAAUUUGGCUUAAUCAUUAUUAUCUUUACAUUAGAGAGGUGUUUGUCAUAGAGAUUUGAAACCUGAUAAUAUUCUAAUUGGAGAUUAAUUAAUAAUCAAACUAAUAGAUUUUGGAGUUUCUAAAAGAUUUUUAGUAAAAGGAAAAAUAACAAAAAAAAUAGACAUGUGGACUAGGACUGGUUCAUUAUUUUAUUAAGCACCAGAAAUAUUUAUGGGAGGUGGAUAUGAUGAGAAAAGUAUUAUUAUAAAACUUAUAUUAUAGUUGAUAUUUGGUCAGCUGGUAUAAUAUUAUAUCAAUUAUUAUUUGGAUAAUUGCCUUUUCAAUCAGAAACAAUCUUAGAUACAAUAGAAAUGAUUACUGAUUCAAAAUUAAACUCUACACUUCUAAGUCAACUUAAUCCAUUAAUUUAAGAUUUGCUUAAAAGAUUAUUAGAAAAGGAUCCAAAUAAAAGAUUAUCUGCAGAAGGUAUAAGAUUUAUUAUAAUCAUUAGGAUUUGUUUUGCAUCCAUGGUUACAUACAACACAAUAAAAAAAAUCAAAUAAAAGUUUUGAUGAUUGUGAUAUCAUUGAAACAAGAAAUAAUCAAAAUAUAUUAUAAACUUCUUAGAUAACUAUUUAAAGAUAAAAAUAAAGAUAUUAGAAUCAAUUAAUGGUACCAAUCUAAGAGGAAAGAGAAUAAAGUUCUUUAAAAAAUAGUUGGAAUUAUUGGGAGAAUCAUGUUCACUAUGUUCCUUAAGAUGUAGUAAGAAUGACUAAUCUUGAUAAUGGAUACAUAAAUUAGGGUGGAACAUCUCAAGAAUUAGUAAAUGAAUAAAAGAGAUCUGAUGAUUUGACAGAUUUUUAAAUUGGAUUAGUGAGAACUAAUUCAGAGUAAUUUGAUUAACUAUGA